GGAAGUGGCCGCCCAGCUUGACUUCCGCUCCCAGGGUAAGAACCCUUGGGGCUCGCCCACCGGUUGCCAGAAAACCGCUAGGAGUCUGAGAUCAUGGAGGCAGCGCGCCCUCCUUCGACGGCGGGAAAGUUUGUGGUGGUUGGCGGUGGCAUCGCGGGUGUCACCUGUGCUGAGCAGUUGGCUAUUCACUUUCCAUCAGAAGAUAUUCUCCUGGUAACAGCUUCUCCUGUUAUUAAAGCAGUUACAAAUUUCAAGCAGGUUUCUAAAGUAUUGGAGGAAUUUGAUGUUGAAGAGCAACCGAAUACCAUGUUAGAAAAUCGCUUUCCCAACAUUAAGGUUAUAGAAUCUGGAGUAAAGCAACUGAAGAGUAAAGAACAUUGCAUUUUAACAGGAGAUGGCAGUCAGCAUGUAUAUAAGAAACUCUGUCUGUGUGCUGGAGCUAAGCCAAAGUUGAUAUGUGAAGGAAAUCCUUAUGUAUUAGGAAUCCGCGAUACAGACAGUGCUCAGGAAUUUCAGAAACAGCUUACUAAAGCUAAAAGAAUAAUGAUCAUAGGGAAUGGUGGCAUUGCACUUGAACUAGUGUAUGAAAUUGAAGGCUGUGAAGUCAUUUGGGCCAUUAAAGACAAAGCCAUUGGGAAUACUUUCUUCGAUGCAGGUGCAGCUGAAUUCUUGACUUCAAAGCUCAUUGCUGAAAAACCAGAGGCUAAAAUUGCACAUAAAAGAACCAGAUAUACAACUGAAGGAAGAAAAAAGGAAAGACAAACCAAAGGUAGUGCUGGCAAUAUGGGCAGUGCCUUGGGACCUGACUGGCAUGAAGGCUUGAAUCUUAAAGGAACAAAAGAGUUUUCUCGUAAGAUUCACAUUGAAACUAUGUGUGAAGUAAAGAAAAUCUACCUUCAGGAAGAAUUUAGAAUUUCGAGGAAAAAGUCCUUGCCUUUUCCGAGAGACCAUCAUAAUCAGCCAGUCACAACUGAUAACGAGGUAUGGCCUGUAUAUGUGGAAUUGACCAGUGAAAAGAUAUACGGCUGUGAUUUCAUUGUCAGUGCUACAGGAGUUACACCAAAUAUAGAACCUUUUCUCUAUGGCAACAAUUUUGAUCUAGGCGAAGAUGGUGGCCUGAAAGUGGAUGAUCACAUGCACACGUCUCUCUCUGAUAUCUAUGCUGCAGGUGACAUCUGCACUGCGUCAUGGCAGCCCAGCCCAGUGUGGCAGCAGAUGAGGCUGUGGACCCAGGCUAGACAGAUGGGGUGGUACGCAGCCAAGUGCAUGGCCGCAGCUACUUUAGGACAAUCUACUGACAUGGACUUCAGCUUUGAACUUUUUGCUCACGUAACAAAAUUCUUUAACUAUAAGGUUGUAUUGCUGGGAAAAUACAAUGCACAGGGCUUAGGUUCAGAUCAUGAAUUAAUGCUGAGAUGUACCAAAGGACAAGAAUACGUCAAAGUCGUCAUGCAGAAUGGGCGCAUGAUGGGAGCUGUCUUAAUUGGUGAAACUGAUUUAGAAGAAACAUUUGAAAACUUAAUUUUAAAUCAAAUGGAUCUUUCAUCAUAUGGAGAAGAUCUGCUAGAUCCCAAUAUUGAUUUAGAAGAUUAUUUUGAUUAAUAAAAGCAUUUCAAGAGCUACAGAAUGUUCCAAAUAAUACAAAGUCACAAUAAAGUAAAAUUUAAUAGAAGUGAUAAUGAUUUCAGUGGCAAAGUUUUAAAAUAUAUUUUUUCUAACUUAAAACCUAGCACUUAAUGUAAAUUUAAGUUAUUCAUUUCUAAUUUACCUUUGGGGCAGAUUCAGCUAGGUUGUGAUCUACUUAGCCAACAACUUGGCCUGGUACACCAGAAUCAUUCUGAUUGAAAUGUUAGAGAGGGCUGUGGUUUCAAGAGGCUUACAGUUUGGUUUUGGAUUCCACAGCUGUUAAGAGCUGAAAUCACUCCCUUUGUAAUAAGCCUAUUUAAAAUAUUCCACGUGAUAACACUUGCUAUCAACAGUUAUGUAAAAAUAAUACGAGUUUAUGUGAACUUUAGUUUACAUUUUUCUCAUUUUAUACUGUCAAUUUUUAUAAAUCAUGAUCUCAAGUGUUCAAGCCUUUAAUAUUAAUGAAAUUGUCUUAAACUACAAAAUAAUAGUGUGUACGUGCAUAAAAUGUUUUCUUGGAAAAUUCGGAAACACUCUAUUCUUAGAUCGCUGAAGCAUGUUUGCAGACUUUUGGAAGUUACCUGAAUUGUUUUCUUCCCUCUUUAUCACCUCCUUUAGAAUGAUACGUUUGAAGUGAUUCAGUCUACAAACAAAAACAAACACUUUGGUAAAAACUCA